AUGGAUCAUCUAGCUCUUUUUGCUGAAUUGGAACAAUUUGAGAGAAAGAUGCAUGCCAAGAAGCAUGAUGCUCCAGUUGAGAAAAUGAAGAAUUUAGCUCUUACUGCUGAAAAGAGCAAGCCAGAAUCAGAUGAGGAAUCAGACGAAGAUCUUGCUCUCCUUUCCAAAAAGAUUCAACGGAUGAUUAACAAGCAUAGUCAGCUGAAAAAGGAGAAAGGCAAGGACAAGGCUAAGUACUCAAGUAGCAGAAGGCCCUCCAAGGAAUCAAAGGAUCAGAACUGCUUCGAAUGUGGAAAGCCUGGUCACUUCAAGAAGGACUGCUACAAGCUGAAAUCAAAACAGCCUGCUGUUUCCAGAGACGAGAGGAAGAAAUCCAAGGCACUUCUGACUUGGAGUGAUGAUGAAGAAGAAUCUGCCUCUAGUGAUGACUCUAGUAAGGAAAUGAUCAAUCUUGCACUUGUUGGCAUGGAGGAUGACAAUGUUCGAGGACUUACCGAAGAUGGUCUUGUCGAAACUGAUUCCGAAGAUGACAACAGUGAGGUUAGUUCGUUCAAAUUUGAUCUCUCCAGUGAUAAUUUUGUACUAGAACAACUAACCAUGCAGGAACAAGAUAGUAUUCCAAGUAAGGAAUACAAUUCUCUUAAGGCAGAAAACAGCAAGCUGACUGAAAAGAAUAAAUAUCUCAAGAACAUGGUUCAAGAGCUUAUGCAGAAGAUAGAUACAUUCUUUGACUCCAAAGAGCCUACUCAAGCCAUAAUCAAGGAACUUCAAGAAAAACUAGAUCAAUCUGAAGGUUUUCAUAAAGUCUUGAUGAGAAGAAAUGAGGCUCAAAAAGAAGAAAUCUCCCAGCUGAAACAAGAGAUAGAAGCCAGAGAUGCAUGCCUAGAGACGUUCAAAAUUAAGGAAUCUACAAAGCUGCAUUCAUCUCAGCCUGCUGCCAGUACAUCUCAGCCUGCUGCAAGUACGUCACAGCCCACUACCACAACAAGACAGCAAGCUGAAAAGAUCCAAACUCUUGAAACAGAAGUCUCAAAGCUCAGAAAAGGAAUAGGAACUUUUGUUCAAGGAGGAGAAGGUCUGAAAUUCAUGAUGAAGAGCAUCAAGGUUCCAUUGGAUAAAGAAGGAGUUGGUCUCAACUUCAACAAGAAGGGAAAUGCUCUUAAGUAUGAAAGAAGGCGUGGCAAACCAUACAAAUAUGCUAUGCCCUGGAAGGAAUGUGCAAAAUGUGGAGGAAAAGGACAUCUAGCUCAGAAUUGCAGAGUCAGACCUCAAAGACAAUACUUCCAGAAAAGAUCAGAGGGGAAAACAGCCUACUGGAACAAGAAAACAGCUUACCAGAAUGGUCCAAACAGAAGCUAUAGAACUCAGCAGCAUACAUAUCCUACUGUGAUGUGUCUUGCUGCUAAGAUCAAGUCUACACAAUGGAUCAUUGAUAGUGGCUGUACAAGGCAUAUGUGUGGAGACAAAACUCAGUUUAAGAGUCUAAAGAUGAAAAGAGGAGGAGGUGUAACUAUUGGUGAUAGUAAGACCCUCCCUAUUCUAGGUAAAGGUAAAGUUGGUAAUGACACUACCUCUAUCUCUAAUGUUAGAUUUGUUAAAGGCUUGAAAUACAAUUUACUUAGUGUAAGUCAAUUGCAUGAUGAUGGCCAUAAAGUUGAAUUUUCUAAGGAUAAAUGUGUUAUUACUGUUGGUACUAACCAGAUUCCUCUAGUUGCUAGAAGGGAAGGAAAUAUAUAUAUAUCUUAG